AAGUUUAAAAAUAAUGGCAACUCCCUUCUCUAGAAGACAGCUGCAUGCACUGGAUAUCGAUGAUCUUGCUGAGAUACUUCAUUUACUAAAGAGGCACGGGUAUUCUGGGACUAGCUAUUAUGAUCUUGGUCUGUAUUUGGGCCUGUUGCCUCGUACACUUGAUGUUAUUGAGAAAAAUAACAAGGAAGACGUUAAUAGCUGUCUAAGAGAGUGUUUGAAAGCAUGGCUGCAACAAACUAAUGAUGUACACAUAAUGGGUGUUGAUCCAACUUAUCAUUCCUUGAUACAAGCAUUGAGGAAGCUGGGAGAGAAUGCUGUAGCUAAUGGGAUUGAUAGAGAAAAGCAUCCUGCUUGUGUUAUCUUUACACAAUAUGAAUCAAAUGAAUGUAUUGUGGCUGCCCUUCCUUCUCUUGCUAUACUUCUUUCUAAGGAGAAGAUUAUAGAUGAAAUGUUAGUGCCUAGUACUGGAAAAGUACUCCUUAAAGCAGUGAAAGAAGCUGUUUGUGCUGAUUAUCAUAAUCUGGAGAAGUUUGUCACUAUUCUUAUGAAUUCAAAUGCUCACUUAGUCACGGCAAUAGCGGUUUCCAUGCUAAAGGAUUACA